AGCGAGAAAGCUUCAGACCUUGGGCAUGGUCCAUGUGGACGGCUCAGGGAAACAGAGAUGAUAGGCGGGAACGGGAAUAACCAUUGGUAAUGAUAUGACCAAUAUAAACAACUUGGAAGCCUGAAAGAAUGCACUUACAAAAUAAAUGUUUGAGCAGUUCCUGACAGUCGUUCUUGAACGUUCGAUCAACAUCCAGCAAGACAAAAGAUGAGUUCAAGAGACGGGUAUCAAUGGACAGAGUCAUCUGGCCUCGUGAAAGGAGUCCCCAGUAUUGGUGUCAUCCAACCGCCAACAAAUAUUCAGACCGAGCACGAGCUGUAUGAUGUUAUUGUCGUUGGCGCGGGUUACUGCGGCCUCACAGCAGCCAGAGAUGCAGCUUUGUCAGGUCUCAAAGUACUGUUACUUGAAGCGCGAGAUCGAAUUGGCGGCCGCUCAUGGUCAAGCAACAUUGAGGGCUACCCUUUCGAGAUGGGUGGCACUUGGGUCAGCUGGGGUCAGCCACACGUCUGGAGAGAGAUCUCUCGUUACGAGAUGCGCGACCAAUUGGAAAUCUCGCAUGAUUACUCCAGAGGUGUCAACCAUUUCUCGCUGAACUCUGCCAGUGGAAGCCGUAAUAUGAGCCAUGAGGACGAGGAUGCGUUGAUGGAAUCGGCUCUCAAAAAGUUCGCCAACGUUGAUGGACAGUAUGGCAGAAUUGUGAUGCCAUUCCCACACAGCGAAAGCCACAAUCCGGAGGCAGCGAAAUAUGACAAAAUGUCUGUCGCCGAUCGUAUCGCUCAGAUCAAGGAUGAUCUUUCCUCUGAAGAACACACCGUGUUACUUGGCUUCGUAUUACUGUGCAGUUGUAGCACACCAGAGAAGACUAGCUUCUAUGAAUACCUGCACUGGUGGGCUUUGUGCAACUACUCGUACGAGUACUGCAUCGAGUACUUGAUCAAGUACAAGUUCAAGGGCGGCCAAUCGUCAUUUGCCAUCAACUUCUUUAAAGAAGCUUGCUCGACUGGACGCUUGUCGUAUGCCUUCAACACACCUGUCGCUAGUAUCAACGACGAUGGAAAUGGCGUUCAAGCGACUGCGAGAGAUGGUCGUAUCUUCAAAGCAUCCAGGUUGAUCUCAGCAAUUCCCAUGAACAUCUUGAAGGAUGUCACUUUCAGUCCACCAUUGGCUGCUGGAAAGCUGGACGCCUCUACCACCGAACACGUAAACAAAUGCGUAAAGGUGCAUGCAGAAGUUCGCGAUCGCGACUUAAGAUCUUGGAGCGGCAUCACAUAUCCGAACAACAGCCUGAUGUACGCCAUUGGCGAUGGCACAACUCCUAGUGGAAACACUCAUAUUGUGGCGUUUGGUGGUCAGCACAACCACCUGCAGCCAGAAAAGGACAUCGACAAGACGAUGGAUGCGCUCAAGGCUUUGACUCCAAUGGACGUCGAGCGAGUGGUUUUCCACAACUGGGCGGAUGAUGAGUUCGCAAAGGGAGCGUGGUUCUUUUCACCACCAGGUCUCGUGACCGAACAUCUCGAGGAUCUCCGAGCACCGCAAGGUAACAUAUACUUCGCGAACUCUGAUUGGGCCGUAGGCUGGAGAAGCUUCAUUGAUGGUGCCAUUGAGGAGGGCACCCGGGCUGCAUUGGCAGUCAAGAGAGACCUUGAUAGAUCCAGAUCUGCACAUCUUUAACUUGAUGUGUAUGAUGAUGAAGAAUUCCCUACCAGC